UAAAAAGGACAUUCAGACAUUUCUUUUCUCAUCAUGAACACAUCAAACAGCUCCACAGAAGAUGACCGGGUUUAUGCUGGGAUCUUUGGCUGCAUUAUGGUGAUAGGUCUGCCACUGAAUGCAGUCUCACUGUGGAUUCUUCUUCGCCGCCACAGCCUCAAAUCACCCAACGCUGUCUUCAUGGUGAACCUGGCACUCUCAGACCUGCUAGCCAUCUUCUCUUUGCCCAUGAGGAUCUACCAUCAUGCAACAGGCACUCCGCUGGGAAUUAUCACAUGCCUCUUCAGCGUAAUAAUCUUUCGCAACAACAUUCGCUCCAGCGCCUCCUUCAUCACCUUCAUAAGUGUGGACCGACUGCUGGCUGUGGUUUAUCCUCUGAGGUCUCGCCAUCUUCGGACCUCGUGCAAUGCCUGGAAAGGAGCAGCGCUGGUCUGGGGGGUUUUGCUGGUGGUAAAUAUCCCAGAGGCCAAAGGAUUUUUAGAACACUUACAGAACCACACAGAUCACAUUUGUUUUGAACUUCAUGAAUAUAAAAGUGUAACACGAUCAGCAAUUAUUUACCUUCAGAUUGUGUUACUGGUCACAAUGCUAGCAGUCAACAUUGUGUGCACCGUUAUGGUUUCUUGGACUCUACACAAACAUCUCAGUGACUCUGCAAAGGUCAGAAACAAGGUGAACGUAAUGCUGAUUUUUGCCAUCAACUUGCUUAUAUUCUGCACAUGUUUUCUGCCCAUGCCACUACACAUACUUACAAAAAGCAAAACCAGCAUAACUCCACUGGCAUGUCUGAUUGUUUUGAGCUGCUGUCUGGAUCCACUGAUGUAUUAUUUUUCUUUUGACUCCUUCUGGAAGAAAAAAGAGGACACGGGAAGAGAACUAUAGAUUAGUGACCUGCUAGAGUUGCUAUCAGAUGUCCCACGAUACAUGCCUGUUUUUUGUUUUUGUUUUUUACAAAGUAGCUCGUUUGUGCACAAGAUUCUUAAGUAGUUCAACCACAUGCACAGUUUUCAGCAGUUAACCAUCAAUGUUCAUUUCUUCAGUAACAUUUGUGUCAAGCCCAGAAAGUGAAGGAGUGAAAGAGGCUUGGCCUAGUGGUUUCAUGUUCCAUUUUCGCUCCAACAUGAAAGCCUCAACCACAGAUCGGUGGCUGACUUACUAGAAACUGUGAAAAAAGUCACCUGCAACACUUUUUUGUGUUUGCAAAACUGCGUCCUUACUUGUCUUCAGUUUACAUGAAGUCAAUAUCCUGAUCAGUAUCAUGUAAUAAGUUUGUCAGAUUUAACACUCUGACAUGAGAAGAUGUCCCCUCCCCCCAGAAAAAACAGUCUUCCAGAAGUCACGUGUGUGGAACUACAUACUGUCAGGGACAUGAAACAAACAACCUUUUCUCAUAUCGUUGUUGCUUUGGCCUAAUAUUUAAUCAAGACGUAUAAGAGUAAUAUCAAUCUCCUCAUUUCUCUUUUGGCAAAUAAAACAGCAUAUACAUAAGAAUAACUCUGACAGAUGGGUGUGUGUACGCAUGUAAAGUACCACAUGAAUGAAUAAUGUUGAGGAUAGAUUAAGAAUAAUUAAACAUUCAGCAGAAAAGCUGGUUUAAAAUUGACUAAUCACAAUAUUUUGUAAAUAUUUUUGAAAACAUUACAUACAGCACUGUUUAAGCCCAUCUCUUCUGUAUAUUUUAAGUCCUUUCAUAAGACUCAGGCCUUUGUUUUUUUUUGCGAGUGCCUCAGUAGUGGAGCCAACGGCUCAAGGCCUAAUUAAGUCCCACCAGAUGGAAGGGUGUUGGUGUAAGCCUACAACAGACUGUAAGACGACUGAUUAUCUCAUCUGCAGAUUUAAAAUUAUCCAAAGGUUAUCACUGAAAAUGCUAUUAGACACUGAAGAUUGGUUGAAUUUCCCAGACUGGCCAUUACAUUUUACUGUUGUUAAUGUUUACUAUUGUACACGAAAGUUGAUUGUGUCAUAUUCAAUAUAGUCAUCAUUUGCCAAGACCUAGUGAUCAUAAUUGACUACAACUGGUAGUUUCUACUUGCCAGGAUAUAAGGACCAAGUUAUCUGGACGUGUCACCACUUUGCCAAGUCUUGGAAGAAGGCCCAAACCGUUACAUUCUGCUGGGAUGAAAUUGGUUUCGAUGUUGAGGAACAACCCAGAAACCACAAAAGUUCAACUGUGGCAUGAACAGGAAAGUGCUGUAAUACUAGGGCCAAUGUCCAGUGAGUUUUACUUCAUGGUGAACUGAGAAGGUUUCAGAAAAAAAACCCUGCUACAAAAUCAACACUUUCAAGCUGAAAUUUACACCUGCCCACACGAACAGGACAAAUGACUUCUGGAGUUUUACCAGUCAAAGAAACAAUGAUUGAGUUAUUUGGCCACAAUGGCAAGAGGUAUGCUUGUUUAGGUAUGUUUAAACCUGAGGCUUUCAAACCUAAGAACACUGUAUCAGACAUCAAGCAUGGUGGUGGCAGCACUUCUGUUGUGCAUGGAGUAAUGAAGAACAAAUGUCAUGAUCCUAUGUCUUUGACACAGUUUGUGAGUUUAUGAUGGUUUUGUGAAUCUUUCUUUUGGAUUGAACAGAUUUUCAUCUUCUUGUCCUGUAUUAGUUAGUCUGUAGUUUUGUAUUUCCUAGUGCAUCUGUGUUUAAUAUUUCUAUUUUUUAGUUUUUGCCUGCUCUCAUGUCUGUUCUGUCUUCAGCAUCUCCUGCUGCUUUCUGUUGUGUGUUUUUUCUCUCCAGUCUGUCGUGUGUUUCCAUGUUUAUCCCCGUCCUAAUGUCAAGCUUUUGUGUCCUUGUCUCAGUCUCUCGUCUCUUGUUUUUUGUUGUGUGUUUUCAGGUCUCCCGGUUCUGAGUUUCCAAGUUUAGCUUUUU